AUGUCGACGAACAACGCCCGCACAGGCGAUAUCCCCCAUCCUCCCGGCCCCAUCGCCGCGGAUCAGACUACUACCUCUCAGGAAUUCGCCCCGCCCGCAGUCACCGAUCGCCUGCUCCCCAAAAGCGGCAAGUUGUGGACGGGCCUUCGCCUCUACGCCCUCCUGGACGUCCAAAUCCACGAACUCGACUUCGAUUCCAGCAAGGUCUCUCCCAACUGGCACAAUCUCGCUUCCCGCGGCGUCCACCCCUCACGUCGCCCGCCCGUCUCCAUUUUCUGGAACGUCAAGGACAAGCUCUGGACCUGCUACGUGCCCGGUGCGCACACGUGCAUCACCUGCAAGCCAGAGACGGCUAGCGGUCCGACGGCGGACGCCAAGCUCCCCGGCGAGGACCUGGGAUGGCUCUGCGACGUGUGGGCUCGGCUUUCCAUCGCCGAGGUCCGCACGCGGUCGUACUGCCUCUUCGCCUUUUGGGAGCCUGGCCACUUUGGAGCCAGCGCCAUCUGGGGCCGCAUGAUUGGACCUCCUGGGGCCGACAUCGAUCUGAGGCUUUGUUCCAAGGCGUGGGACGUUGCGGUGAGCCCAUGGAAGAUUUCGUUCCUGUCCGAAAAGGAAGCCAAGCCGAGACUCUCCAUCCACAUCUCGAAACCCGUCGAGCUCGCUCAAUGCCUCGAGCCCGUUGGUGACCAAACCGGCCUCAUCAAAUGGCAUCUCAGUGUCAUUUCUCUCGAACAGGGAAUUGCGGCAGACGAUUUAGUCAUGAUGGAGACAAUCCACACGCUCUUUUGCGGCCUCCGCGACGCCUUCAAAACUGACCCGCAGUUCACACCGAACCGCUUCGUCCGGGCCCUGAUUCGCCUUGGAACUGCUAACGAAGCGUCUCCGCAGUUCCCCAAGUAUUGCGAUUGGUUAAGCUGCAGGAACUGGCUGGUCGCUCAGCUGAGAUCAAAUGUACUCAAAGCGUCGUUGCGCAUAAUUGAGCGGAUCAUCUGCAUUGCCAAAAGGGACCUCGAUCUCCUCUCGGGCAUCAUCGACAUGUACGACGACUUUCUCUCGCAGUGGGAUAGCGUCAGCCGAAGGUCGGACACUGGAAAGAGAGAUGUUCACGUCUUUUGUCCUCAUCCCCUGAAGACAAUCAUCAGCUUCCCACGCGGGACGCGGGCGGGAGGAAGUCCCAUUUCCUACACAAUCAUCAAUCGUGAGUUUCUUGCUCAAAGGUCCUUUCAGUGA